UCUGCUUUCGGCUUGGAACGCCCACUCGGUGAAGAUGCUCUGAGUGUAUAGCCCACCGGACUUUAGGUCACUGGACGUGUCCGCGAUCCAAUAGAGUAUCCCCGUGCAAGACAUUUCGAGAUUGCGACAAGGUGAGAUAAGUGUGACCUCUACCCCGGAUAAUAAGGCUUGGGUGUUGAUGAUGAUGACGGUGAUGAAGCACAACGACCCGGGAGUGUGAGCCCACGCUUCCUCGUCGCUAUAUAACUCAGAGACGGCGGUAACUAGACUCGGCACACCCAUGAGCAGUAAAACCGCGCUGUCCGGACCAGAGGUGUCUUGCGAAAUCCACGGGUCACUCGGACUUGCACGUUGCCGGUCAGACAUAACGCACUGCUGAAUGCCAUUGACGAGCCACGCGCCAGGCAGGAGAAGCGAAGCUACACGGAACACGGCAGCAGGGAACUGGUCCGCUCUCCACUGCCUAGAGCACGCACGCCACCCCGGCCGGCUCCACGUCGCGCGCCAUGGCCCAUCUUCGCCUGCGGUUCCUGCUGGCGAGCUGCUUGGUAGUCCUGACCGUGCGGAUCUCGCAGUGCCAGCGAAGACGAGACUGUGAUUGCGGUGCUGAGGGUAACAUAACCUACGUAUGCCUUCUAAGAUGUGGGCGGGGCAGCUCCGGGGGCAGCGUUCUCGUAUUGCCGGUGAAAAAAUCUCCCAUUUCCUUGCCGUUCCUUUCACAGGAAAAACAUGCAACGUUCUACAACAGGCCCAAACGGGAUACAGAGACGGACAGGAAAGACAGUGACAAGCCCCACCCCUUCUCGCUCGCCUUCCUGACGAAUGCCAUGAAGGAGCUACGGAAACUUCUGGGUCUGAAUACCGUCGUGUCGCGUGGCUCCCAAUACGCCUAAAGUAUGCAUAUUCAUGAGAAGAGUCAACCUCGCUUCAAGUCGCUCCGCAGCAGUUGUGGGCCCCUGAGAAAAUUUCAGUCCCGAACGUGUUACGACAUUUCGCUGCGGACGCACUUCAAAGUAGAAUUAUAUUUCUACGCAUUUUUCAUUUAGGCUUCAGUGAAGCCUUAUGUUUGAAUUUCACAAGUGUGCGUUUGAGACAUUUUAUAAAUAAUAUUGCAGCGAGUUGAAUCCAUUUGUUUUUAAAUGUUUGAGACAUGCAAAAAUGACUGACAAUGGAAUUACAUGAAUAGGCCUACAGUUAUUUACUUUUGACAGUAAAUACAACGAGAAUUGGAUCGCCAGAUUAAGCUGGGCGUACGCAUUGUACGUGUGUUGCAGACUCACUCAGUGUACUUCAGACUUAUUAUUUUCGUGACUUAUCACUCUGCUGAUUUUUAGUGAAACUCCGCACAUCUAUGAGGAGUGCUCAUUCCUAGCUGGACGUUUUUGUAGUACAAAACGGCCAUGGAAUAAACGACUAUUUUGAGCAGCGAUCAUUUUUAUUUGUGUGGGAAUAUUUAUUCCUAUGGAUUAAAGAAACCCGUUGGUAUUCCAUUGGUGCAUAUCGCAUGCGCACUUGAAUUCGACGCUUUCGGCUUCAGGGAAAACCCUGCUGCCUUCAGCUUGGGUGCAAGUGACAGACGAUCUUAGCGGGAUGGUAGAGCCUUUGUGGCGAGUAGACUGGUCCGAUUCGACGCCGUAACUGCGGUGGCGCCGCGCUCACACGCGCAUUUUUCAGCUUAACGCGCGCGCAUUUGGCUAAUCAUUACAUCCUAUUGGUCAAAGAGGCAUGCAACGCGCGCGCACCACCUGUCCACGAGUGUUGCACAACCGCAGUAACGGCUUCUAAUUCUGGUUGUCAAAUUACAGUAUACCGAAGGUUGAAUUUGCCUACGCUUUUGGAUUUAGUUGGGUGCCGUCAGGGCUACGGUUUUGAAUGGAACCUUCUAUGGGUUUGUAUGUCUGUGACUAUGCCCUCACGACUUGCGUGUGAAGGGCGCCCACUUCGCUGAGUCGUAUUCAAUUACAUCCUGUACAUCCCGUGCGCGCUGAAACGUUGCUACCGCUAAAGACGCCUUGAAACAGAGACUAUUCCGCCUCCUGCGCAUAAAAAGCAUCGAGGCCUUGGAUGGAACACAGUCUGAGAAACCUUUGUAUCUGAUCUACACGUUCCCCACAUUCUUUGGACUGCUUGGGAAGUGUUUUUUUUUCAACGCAACUCACGAGUGCAUUGCCUUGAUUGCCCAAUACGUACCGAUUUCAUAUUGCGUCCACUCAUUUGGACUCGUUUGAAUAUCUGGUAACAAAAACCGACAUGUGCUGCACCUCUUUAAAUGUGGGUCAAAAAUGAUUUAUUUUUUUGAGGAUAUGGCUCGAAAUAUGUUCGAUAUUUUCUUUUCGUGUUAAUAAAUAUGUAAUCAAGACAUUGUGAAGUAAAUAAACGUUGAUGACACAUUGGAAUAUACUGCAUAACAGAUGGUUAUUGAGGGAAAGUUGUACCUCCAUGGUAACAAUAAAGCGACGAUUAUAUAAAAACCACAAAAUGACGAUAAGUUGUGAACUGGAAAACGGGAUAAAACCGAUUACAAUUAAAUAAACUGGCAUGCCAGCCUUCGUUUCCUAACACCA